UUGAAAACUGCUCUUGUUCAGAAAUGCUUCUGUAAGCAGCCACGUUUGCGGGGCGGGUGCUGAUUGGACCAUUACGCUUUGAAAACUUGCAACUGUGUCGUGUUCCCCUCGUGGCCUUGCCCAUGGCCCCCGGAGUUAGAAGCUGGACUUUGCCUCCAUUUGCUGUGUCCUCAUAAAGGAGGCCGCCGGAGGAAGGACACCAGUUUUUGAGAAGGCGAGACAACAUGACGACGUGGAGGAUCCUGUGCUGUCUGCUCCUGGUGCUCCACACCGUGAAUGGACUACGAUGGUGUACCAUCUCAAACCAGGAGCAGAUGAAGUGCGAGGCCAUGUCCAAGGCCUUCUCGUCGGCCUCCAUCCGACCCACCAUCUCGUGCGUCAACUCCCCCAGCGUUGAGGCCUGUGCUCAGAGACUGCAGAAUAAAGAAGUAGAUGCCUUGUCCAUGUACUCCAAGGACAUCUACGCCCUAGGGAAGUCAGCCAGCUUCAAGAUGGCUGCAGGGGAAUCCGAUAAUCAAGGUGAACCGGGUACCACCUAUUAUGCCGUCGCCGUGGUGAAGAAGUCCAACAGUGCCAUCAACAUCUUCAACCUGGCGGGCAAGAAGAGCUGCCACACGGGACUGGGCCGAACAGUGGGCUGGAACAUGCCUUUGGGUUACCUCAUAGACCAAGGGCUCAUGUCCGUGAUGGGAUGUGACAUAACAAGAGGCGUGGCUGAUUUCUUCAACGCCAGCUGUGUCCCCGGGGCGCCGAAGGACUCUGCGCUGUGCCGGCUGUGUAAGGGGAACGGCGGGCCCGAGGGGCAGUAUAAGUGUGACUGGGGCUCCAACGAGAUGUACUUCUCCUACGACGGGGCCUUCAGAUGUCUUGCUGAAGGUGCAGGAGAUGUGGCCUUUAUAAAGCAGACAACCGUCUCCGAAAACACAGACGGCAAGGGUCCCGCCUGGGCACAGGGUUUUCUGUCCUCUGACUAUGAGCUGCUGUGCCGCGAUGGGACCAGAGCUCCCGUCACUGACUGGAAACGCUGCAACCUGGUGCGCGUCCCCUCCCGCGGCGUGGUGGUCCACAGCGACGUCUCCUCCUCCGAGGUCUACGAGAUGCUGAACGCAGGCUUGAGGAACUCCGGCUUUAAGGUCUUCUCCUCGGACUCGUACGGGGGCGGAGCCGUCCUGUUCUCCAGCUCGUCCACCACCUUCCUGAAGGCAGAGUACGAGAACCCCAAGGACUGGAUGGGCAAGGCCUACUACCAAGCCCUCCAGGGGAUGGACUGCAAGCCGGAAGAGCUCCCGGGCUUCCUGCGGUGGUGUGUGUUGUCUAACGAGGAGCAGCGUAAGUGUGUGGACAUGGCCCAGGCCUUCAGGACUAAAGGCCUGACCCCCAGCGUCCAGUGCGUCUACGGAGCCUCCGUCCCAGACUGCCUGGCGAAGAUAAAGAAUGAUGAGGCUGAUGCCAUCACACUGGACGGAGGCUACAUCUACACAGCAGGCAAAGACUACGGCCUUGUGCCCGCGACGGGGGAGAGCUAUACCGAGGAGCGCGAUGGCUCCAUCUACUACGCGGUUGCCGUGGUGAAAAAGGACCGAGUGGACAUCCGUAACCUUGACGACCUGAGAGGCCUUCGUUCCUGUCACACCGGCUACGGACGCACCGCCGGAUGGAACAUUCCGGUCGCGGUGCUGACGGACAGAGGGCUGAUCAAACCAGAGCAGUGCCAGGUUCCACAAGCGGUGGGGGGUUUCUUUAAGCAGAGCUGUGUACCGGGUGCCAAUCAGCCAGGCUUCCCUUCUAACCUGUGCAGCCUGUGUGUGGGAGACCAAGCAGGGCAGGACAUAUGUGAAAAGGGGAAGGACCUGUAUGACGGAUACAACGGAGCCUUCAGGUGUAUGGCCGCAGGACUUGGAGAUGUGGCUUUCGUUAAGCACUCAACUGUUUUCCAAAAUACAGACGGUAACUCGAAGGAGCCCUGGGCCUUGAGCCUUCAGUCCAAGGACUUCCAGCUGCUGUGCUCUCAGAACAGCAAAGCUGAGGUUACGCAGUACCUUGACUGUAACCUGGCCAGAGUCCCCUCCCACGCCGUCAUGGUACGGCCCGGCACCAACACCCACGCUGUCUACGGACUCCUGGACUAUGCACAGAAAUAUUUUCGCAGUGACGAGGGCCUCGCAUUCAAAAUGUUCGACUCCUCAGCCUAUCAGGGCUCAGAUCUCAUCUUUAAAGAUUCUACACUCCGCCUAGUGGGCGUGGCUGAUAAAAAGACCUACAGCGAUUGGCUAGGACAUGCCUACAUGGAUUCACUUGUGGACAUGCAGUGUAACUCAUCCACUGCAGUGACAUCAACGAUUUGGAUUCUGCUGACUACAAUCCUCGGCUUCAUGGUAACCAAAUUGUGGAUUUAGAGAAGCAAGGCGACUGAUUAUGUGACACGCUUAAAUUGAAUCCCCACAAUGUAGCUCCACCUUCCUAUCCGUUUCCUUCCCAACUCUACUUUUCUUGACUCAUAACUAACAAAUGUAUAAAGUUCCUGACUUGAUCGGAACCAAUGCCCUGCCUUGGAGCCUCCGACCAUUCCAAACUAAAUUCACUGUUCCCAGGACCCUGACAAUGUCUGUCUGGAUCUGAAUUAUCCUAUGAACGCAUCCAAUGCUUUUGUCUAGAUUCUGAACAGUAGGAAAAAGCAAUGAGAAGAAAAGGCCUUCUGGCUUCAAAUGGUCUUUUACAUUACAUUUAAUUUGCUGAUGCGCUUUUCUAAAGUGUCAGUAAGUCAGUAAGUCUUACUGUUAUUCUCAUCAUGUAAGCACUUCAUAUCAGUCGUUGUUCUAGAGAAGGGAUGGUAUUUGAAAUUGUCCGGUUUGGAAGAUGAAAAAAAUAAAAAGAUGACCAUCUGUGUUUACUGAGGGUGGUCUGUCAUAUCAGUGCAUAUGCUGCCACCUGUUACAUUACACUCCUGGGCAGUGCCUCUCUAGAAUGUUGGCACCUUGACCCUUCUAGUGUAGACCUGGAUUAGCAUAGCUGUCUUGGUGUAUCUCCUCAGUUGUAAUUCCAACCCUGUUCCUUAAACUGCAUCCUAUUUAAUUGCAUUGAUUUUUUUUUGUAUAAUGAGAUUUAUUUUUCUAUGGUCGGAUACCAUAUCAGUGUAUAUGUUCUGACUCAUGUCGUCAGAAACCAAUACUAUCUUUUUCUCUUUCUAGAGAUUAUUUUUCUGUAUGAAAUGAUUAAACUGUAACUAAUAUUUAGUAGCCAGGCCAGUGUGUCUGCAGAAGUUUAGCUACAUAUAACCUGCCUCAAUGUUUGUGUUUUAUUAUAGCAAAAAUAAAUCUUCUGUGCAUCAAU